AUGCUUCUUCCCAGAGUGUUCCAAUUAUCAAAGAGAAGGCUCUCUGCAUUGCGUUCCGUGAGAGCGGGAGCCGCGAGGUCUACUUUUUCCAGCAGGAGUGCCUCGUCGCUUAGUGCUAAAAUCGUGGGCCCACGUAAACAGGUUUUAAGGGCGUCCGUUCUAACCGCGACGUCGGCUUCUGCUGCUCUUCUCCUAUAUUCACUACUAGAUCCAGUACCUGGUGCGAUAGAAGCAAGCGACGUCAUGCUUCACAACCAGGUUGAUGAUUGCUGGAUUGUGCUCGACGGCGAGGUGUACGAUGUUACGAACUUUCUUCAAAUGCACCCAGGCGGUGUUGGCAGGAUCAUGGAAGUUGCCGGCGGCGAUGCCACUCGCAAAUUCUACUCUGUUCAUUCCGGGUCCACCUUAGACAAGAUGAAAGAUCAAUUAGUACAUGUUGGCAAAUUGAAAGGCAAGUUCACCGAAGUCAUUUCUGAGGAGGAGAUAAGGAUCUCAGAACAGCGCAAGAAGCUGCCACCCUUAAGUCGGAUAUUUAACUUAUCGGACUUUGAGAGUAUUGCGAGGGAGAUUUUACCUAGAAGCACGUUUGCUUAUUACGCUACCGGGGCCUCAGACGAGUUCUCAAUCCGUGAAAACCACUACGCCUACGGCAGGGUCUUUUUUAGACCUAAGGUAUUACAAGAUAUUGCGUAUGAUGUAGAUACCUCGACGGAAUUUCUGGGCGCAAAAGUGAACUUGCCAGUUUAUAUUUCUGCUUUUGCUGGGUCUAAAAUGGCGCAUCCUCUAGCUGAAUUGAAUUUGCAGGCUGCUGCCGAAAAGGCUAAUGUGAUGCAAAUGGUUCCCAAACAAAGCUCCUACAGUAUUGAGGAAUUCUUCGAACAUGUUCCCGAUAAUCAAAACCAUUGGUACCAGUAUCACUUUGACGACGUGGAGCAACUCAACAACGUUGGCAUUUUAAUCAAGGAACUAGAGUCUCAGCCUACCGUAAAAGGACUCUUUUUGAAUGUAGAUCUGCGCGAUAUUGGCAACCGUGAAAAGGAUACGAGACAGAGGUCCGUUGAUACAACCACUAGCAAGGACCUGUCUUCCAUUGUUACAAAAAACAUGUCAUACGCUAAAUUCACUUGGAAGGACGUGGACAAAAUCAUGGCUUCCACACAGCUGCCAAUUGCCUUGAAAGGUAUUCAGAGAGGAGAAGAUGUGGUCUCGGCUGCAGAAAGGGGGGUCAAAGCAGUUGUGUUAUCGAAUCAUGGAGGUAGACAACUAGAUUUCUCGCGCCCUCCACUCGAGGUGCUCGCGGAGGCUAAGCAAAUGCUCAAGGAAAAAGGCCUGGAGGACAAGAUAGAGAUUUAUCUUGACGGCGGUGUAAGAAGAGGCUCUGACGUUGUCAAAGCCCUGUGUAUGGGUGCCAAAGGCGUAGGUCUUGGUAGGCCUUUUUUAUAUGCCAUGGCCGGAUACGGCGAACCUGGCAUUACCCAUCUAUUGGAGAUUUUAGAGGGCGAGAUCAAAAACAACAUGAGGCUUCUUGGGGUGGAGCGUAUUUCGGACUUGAAUGAAAGCCUAGUCGACGUGAACAGUCUCAAAUUCCGCAACCCACGGGCCAACGAUGUUCUAUACGACGAGGGCUACAUGUCACUGCGCUUCCCCGAGUUCAAGUAA